GCAGGCAGUUAGUUCCCAGUCAGUCUAAUGACUCGCUCCUUGCUGUCAUCUGUCCUGACACUUGAUACUUGCACAACUGAACUCUGAACUCACUCAAAACGGCAAAAUAUGCUCUCAUCCCCAGCAGAUAAGAAUCGUCAUCACAUCGAUUCCCGGCCAAGAUCGAUAGCAUUCUGAGAAGGAUCCCAUGGCGGUGACUUUCACCUUGAAGUUUGCGGAUGGAAAUUUUGGAUUCGUGAUGACAGGCAUAGAGUUACUAACCACCCCUUAAGACUGCAAAUGGCUAUCCGUCAAUUGUACGAGACGGCCUUCGACACCACGGCCAGUCCAGCGGACGCAGAUGAAGAUCCGGCGGAAAUUCUGGAGACAAGCCGACGGCUGUGCAGUCCGGAGCCCAGCCUCUCCCAGCGUCCAUCUCCCGCUUCUUCUCGGUCCAGCACAGACUCGACCCGACGCUCGCCUCGCAGUCCAGCGUUGCAUCUCAAAAAGCUCUUCACACCCUGGGUGUGUGGGAAAGGAACAAAAAAUGCCGAUUCUCCCAUCGAAGCCUGUUUGCCUCCCACCAAUAAUGCUGGCGAGGACAAGUCCAAGACAUUUUCUCCAUCCGUCGAAUUCAAGAAGUUGGACGUUGCGGACGAGGCCAAAAAGAACCUCAACGACUGUCUUCAAGCCAAAACGAGCACGUCUUCCGUCGACACUUGCUGCUUCAUUGAUAACUCUGUGCCAUCCACCAUGCCAAAUCAUACAGUGCAAGAGAACACAAGUCUUGCAUAUGUCAGUACAAGCACAACAGUCAUGAACAAUGAUUGUGAUAUGGUAAACAUUCCAUUUUCUUCUCAGUCUUCAAAAAACGAAAGGAGAAACGUUAAUCUUGAAUCCCCUUUAGGGACGAAUACUGCUUUCGAACUAAAGAAGCGAGAAAACGAAUUUGGCUUCGAUACUGAAACAACCUUCCAACAACCCAGGGUUUCCAGGGAAGAUAUGAAGCGCUGCAACCUCGAUUCAAAUUCAGCUACUAGAAAUAAUCUGUGGUUGGACUUCAGCAGAGCCCCGAAGCGACCGAGGCGUCAUUUGUGUCUGGAUAUCAAAGGUCCUGAGAACGAAGAUGAAAUGGAACCCACUACAUACCUCAAGAAACAGGAAUGGUAUCAUGGUUCCAUCAGUAAAGCCGAUGCCGAAAACUUGUUGCGUCUGAUGAAGAAAGGUAGCUUUCUAGUCCGUUGUAGUGAGAAGUUGAAACGUCAGUACCUGCUGUCGCUCAAGAGUUCCAGGGGCGUGAUGCAUAUGAAGAUCGUCCAGCUGGCCAACGGAAAAUAUGUGAUAAAGCAGCAGGGGCAAACUUUCGACUCGAUUCCGCAGCUGGUUCAGUAUUUCAGCACGCACAUCCUCAGCAUCCAUGACAUGAGCGUCUAUCUUUCGCAUCCCGUCAUAGAGAAGCUGCUCUGAGAACAAGUCCUUGUUAACUAUUAUUAAAGAUUUUAUAUUUCGUUUUA